AUGUCGACUCUCUUUGCGCUUCCUGUUUCCACCUCACAACAGCGACAGCCGUGGCAACACGACCGAGAGCAACACGAGAAGAAGAAACGAAAGAGAGGCGUCCUACAUAAGGCUGAGGCUGGCCUAGAUGAUACUGGCCGUGAUGAGCAGGAUGAGUCCACAGAAAAUGAAGACCGUGCCGUUGUGAGUCCUGGGGAGCGCGCUCAGCGCUAUGUCGCGAACCUCAAGCCAAAUAAACCGCUACCUCGUCCGCCGUUUCCUCAUAAGGACACUACCGUUCGGAACCCGCGUGGUGCGCAUGCCAGCACCGAAGGAAGAGGAAAUGGUCAAUCCCUACGACUGCAGCACGUUUCAGCCAUGACUGCCCUCCUGCACAAGUGCUUAAGAAAUAGAGACUGGCCACGCGCGCGUCGGGCCUUAGGCCUGCUCAUGAGAACCGAGAUUUCAGGUCAAGCACUCGAUGUGCGUGCAGGCGAAUACUGGGGCAUUGGCGCCGAAAUACUCUUCCGGCAUCAGCCUGACCCUGGGAAAUCAUGGAGACGGAGCGGGUUCCUGAGUGCCAAAGAGUACUACGAGAAGCUCAUCGUGCGAUACCCCUACCACAGAGCCUCGCCAGAGAGUGUCAACUCGAUCGAUUUCUAUCUUGCCAUGUUCAGCCUCUGGAUUUACGUGGUCCAGGCCGAGAGAGAGGCUGCGACAAAUGCUGGAGCCUCUAGUCUGCAGGCCCAGGAGGCGCAAAGAAACGAGUUAUAUGAGGCUGGCCAGAUCAAGGCCCGCCUCACCAAAUGCAUGGGGACAUCGCCAUAUGCCGAUGUCAAGGCCUUCCAGCAGCUCCAGAGAGAUGUCCAUAUUUGGUACACAGCCUUGGAGCGAGAGUACCAGGCGUAUUCGCCGGUCCCAAACGUAGAACUGUCGGCAGAAGAGCACCUUUCGGUCGCGGCGGAACAGCUCAAUCUUCAUUCAAGCGCCAGCUAUACUCAUAGUUGA